CCUAAGUCUGUCACUGAUCACUGUGAGAAACAGAGUGGAGAGGUGGAUGGAAGGAAGAUUGAUAUCAUCGACACCCCGGGGCUCUAUGACACAACAAUGUCUAAAGAAGAGAUGAAAAGUGAGAUAGAAAAGGCCAUCUACAUGUCAGUCCCAGGACCCCACGCCUUCCUGCUGGUGAUCAGACUGGGGAGGUUCACAGAGGAGGAGAGGAACACUGUGAAGUGGAUCCAGGAGAACUUUGGAGAAGAAGCCUCAAAGUACACCAUCAUUCUGUUCACCGGUGGAGACCAGCUGGAGGACAAAUCAAUGGUGGACUUUCUAAUGGAUAGUGAGGAGCUUAUGAAUCUCGUCAAGGUCUUUAAGGGCAGAAAUCAUGCCUUCAAUAAUAAAAAUAAGAAUGACUACAAUCAGGUCCCAAAGCUGCUGAAGAAGAUAGAUGAGAUGGUGCUGAAGAAUGGAGGACAACACUACACCAACGAGAUGUACCAGGAGGUUCAGAGGAAGAUCAAACAAGAGGAGGGGAGGAAGAAACAGGAGAAGAGAGAGGAGGAGAGGGAGCAACAGGAAGAGGUUAUCAGAAAACUGGAAGAGAAGGUGAGAGAGGAGGAGAGGAAGAAAUGGGAGGAGAGACAAGAGGAGAUGAGGAAGAAUAAGUCAAAGGACCUACCGGGAAAAGUUAUGGGAUUGGUAGCAACUGUUGUCACAGCGGUGGUAGCAGGACCAGCAGCAAUUCCAGUUGGAAUUGCUGUACUUGCAAAAGAGGUGGUUGACGAUGCAGUUGACCUUUAUUACGAUUCUAAUAAAUUAAGUAAAGAUGAGGAAGAGGUGGCAGUGUGAAGUACCACUCUCUUCCUCAUCUUAAUGUCAAGUAGUAGCAGUUGAUUAUUACUGUACAAUAACAACCAUCAGGGAUUGUUCAUCACUUUCUAAUAUGAUCAGUUAUAUAACAUGUUUAUCAUUCAGAGGCUCAGGGAUAA